UUGUUGUCAUAAACCAAAUCUAAGCAAUCCUCGCAAAACACACAAUGCUUUAAAAGUCACCAGAAAAGGUGGCUGAUCCUUCGGUACCAUACCCCUUAUCAGGAACCAUAUAAUCACUUCAAAUUAACUCUAAAACUUCACUCUCACUUAACCCUUCAUUUUCUUCCAUCUUUUCAAAAACUUCUCAUAUCUUUCAUGCACUUCUAGGGUAGUGGUUCUUCUUGUUUUUCAAAACAGCUUCCACUUCUCUACCUUGUUUUUUAGCCUUGUUUUUUCUUCUUACUAGGUUUGGCUAAAAAGAUUCCUAAAGAGAGUUAGUUUAGUUAGGUUUUAUUUUUUGUAGAAAGAAAAAAUAGCUAGGUUUGAAAUAUGGAAGAAAAAAAUGAUGGUGAAAAACUUGAUGAAGUUAUGUUACCAGGGUUUAGGUUUCAUCCAACUGAUGAAGAGCUUGUUGGUUUUUACCUAAAGAGAAAGGUUCAACAAAGGCCUCUUUCUAUUGAGCUCAUCAAACAGCUUGAUAUCUAUAAAUAUGAUCCUUGGGAUCUUCCAAAGUUUGCUAGUACAGGAGAGAAAGAGUGGUAUUUCUACUGUCCAAGAGACAGAAAAUACAGAAACAGUGCAAGGCCUAAUAGGGUAACUGGAGCUGGAUUCUGGAAAGCUACAGGUACUGAUAGACCUAUCUAUUCCUCAGAAGGUUCAAAGUGCAUUGGCCUUAAGAAAUCAUUAGUCUUUUACAAAGGAAGAGCUGCUAAAGGAAUCAAAACUGAUUGGAUGAUGCAUGAGUUUAGGCUACCUUCUCUCACUGAUCCACUUUCACCUAAGAAGUACUUGGAGAAAACCAUUCCUGCUAAUGAAUCAUGGGCUAUCUGCAGAAUAUUCAAGAAAACCAAUUCUACAGCUCAAAGAGCUUUGUCUCAAUCUUGGGUUUCUUCCCUUUCUGAAACAAGAACCUCUAAUAUACUAACUAAAAAUCAAGAAAUCACUCAAUUUUGUUCUAACAACAUGUUAUUGACAAAGAAAACUACCUUAGCCGACAACUUUUGCCCUAACAACAAUGAUAACCAAAAUUUUGAUGUUACCCCUUACAAAUCCAAUAUUAAUCCAUUACUCCACAAAGCCUUUGAUAACUUAUUACCAAUAUCAUCAAAUGAAGAUCUUAAUGCAAGCAUGAUAUUCUCAUCACCAUCUCAACUACAAACAUCUGAUAACAAUAAUUUUAUCUCCAAAUCUACAUUAGAUGUUUCAUCAAUGUUGUUGAACAUGUCAUCCUCAACGUUUGGUGAUGAGGUUACAACUACAAAUUUCAUGAAUGGUGGGUUGCAAGAGCAAUUUAGUGAGUACUACUCAUUACCAUAUGGUAACAAUUAUGAAAAUAAUAAUGCAUUGGUAAAGGUACCUUAUAAUGUGAAUGUGAAUGUGCCUCGUAUUGAUGAUGAACAAGAAUUGAUGCAUUUCAAUAUUGGUGAUGCAUGGAAGUCAAAUUUGCUUUGGGAUACUUCAUUUUGUCCUUGUGAUGUUCCCUCUAGUUAUUAUUCUACAACAACCAAGUGUUACACUUAAUUAGGAUCUUUUUAUUUAUACAUAAUUAGAAUUUAGAAGCACUUGUUUUUUCUAGCUAGCUUCUAUUGUAGGAAGUGAGAACUAGUAAUUCUCACUUUUUUAACUUUAAAUUUUGUG